AAAUUAAACCAACGUAACAUUAUCUCGAAAAGGACCCCAGAAAAAGUUGGAGUUUGAAGAGUUAAGGGGAUUCUGUAGGAACCAAUAAUCUGAGAAUUCCAUCCAAAGCAGUGAUGAGGGCUUUGCAUUUGCAGCUUAGAGUUGACGCAAAUCUUGUAAAGCCAUUUUGUCAUCUCUGCUUUGCUUCAUCUCUGAAUGUCUCGCCAUUGAUUGCUUUUCGACCUAUAAAAUACCCCCAUCUUCAGAAAUUCAAUCUUUCUCGAAGUUCUCGUCGAACCCAUUUCUCAACGUCAUUCGUAGCUUCUUCCAUGGCCGAUUCUUCUCUUUCCAGAAGCUCAGAAACAGAGACGAAACCUUUCUCUGUGCUUUUCGUUUGCUUAGGUAACAUCUGUAGAAGCCCAGCUGCUGAAGGAGUAUUCAGGAACUUGGUGACGAAGAAGGGUCUCGAUUCCAAAUUCACUAUCGAUUCUGCUGGUACCAUUGGUUAUCAUGAGGGUAAUGAGGCCGAUCCAAGAAUGAGGGCAGCCUCCAGACGACGUGGGAUAGCCAUAACAUCCAUCUCGAGGCCAAUCCAGCCAUCUGAUUUUGUGAAUUUUGAUCUUAUUCUUGCUAUGGACAAGCAAAACAGAGAGGAUAUUUUGGGGGCUUUUGAACGGUGGUGCACAAAGAAUGGCCUUCCUCCCGAUUCACAUAAAAAGGUCAAGUUAAUGUGCUCGUAUUGUAAAAAGCAUGACGAAACCGAAGUACCGGACCCUUAUUACGGUGGGCAGCAAGGUUUUGAGAAGGUUCUGGACUUGCUUGAAGAUGCCUGUGAAUCACUGUUGGAAAGCAUCUUAGCAGAGAACAAACACAUUUCAGAUUAAUGAUUUUUGCAAAAUAAUGCAAAUUAUUCAAUUAAAGCAAUGGUGAUCCAUACGUGGAAUGGAUUUCUAGUCAGUUUGCUGUUCAUUCUUACCGAAGAAUAUUUGUCUUACUCGAGCAAGUUGAUUUGAAGUUGAAUGUAUCAAUGCAGCCUUUAUAUUUCAAGUUAAAUGGUAUGUAUCUGCUCAUUAUUGUUUCUAUUGUACUACAAUAGUAGUUUUAUCAUGCCAUUUGAAUAAAAUUCAAAGUGUUCUCAAA